GAUUGUAUGAGUAAACAUAAAAGAAGAAAAAUGUAGUUAGCAAUAAUAUUCACAUAUGUUUGAAAGAUGCAGAAGUUCCUCUGUCAGUGAAAAAUGUUUUAAUGUCUGCAAACCAUGUCAUAUUGAUAUCCAUGCUAUGUACGUUAAUAAUUUUUAUCCAAGUUUUGUACAAAGUUAAGAUGUUGUUUCCUUUUAAUAAUGACACACACGGUUUAUUCCAGGAACUGACCGUGCAGGGCCCCCUUCUGAAAUGUAGUGAGUCGUUAACAUUUCUAGCCUGCGUGCAGACGAUAACUAAACUCUGAUUAUUACUGUCUGCGAAGCAGCGCAGAGAUCCUUGUUCUGGACCCCCAACGGCCUCAACGAAUUACCAGAAGUGCGUUUCGAAUUCCCCUUCAACCUGAUUGGCGAUCACGACAAACAAAACAAAGGCCUUUUUUAACUGGCCAAUCGUGGCGCCUACUCAAAUCUGGGUACACAGCUGGAAGUCCAGAACAAGGAUUUCGACGCUGUUUCGCAGACGGAGUUAACCAGAGUUUAAUUUCGUCUGCGUGCAGGCUAUAACAUUUCAUGAACACUUUUGUGCCACUUAGUUGGAAUUAAUAUAUAAUUUUUCUUUUGCCCUUUAUUUUCAUUGAUUGUAUGGUUGUUAUGCUGAUUUUCGAAGUUACUAAAUUUGACUUUGUACAUAUUAUUAGGAUUUUUUGCGGCUGACUGUUAACUGGAAUAGCAAUUUUAGCUUUAUAUGUUUAGCUCAUUGAAAUUAAAUGUACUGGUAGUUUAUCUUCUUUUUGAUCCUUUAGUUAACUGCAUCCAGUAAAUAUGUAUGUAAUUUUCAAUACAAGUAAUUUUACUUUUGAAAUUGUCAGUUGAGUAAGUGAACUUUUGAUGACAGCUAGUUCUUAAACACUUUUUUUCUCAUAAGUCUAUGUAACCAACUAUACUGUAAUUUAAAAUCUCUUUUUUUAUAAUAUUAUCUCCACCCCAUGGACAGGGUUGAAGUUUUGCCACGCUGUAAGAGAAGCUGAGAACAAAAUAAAAUGGAGGGAGAGGGUUGCAACGUCUGUGGCACCCCAACGGUCAUUUACUACGGGGAUAGGUGCAGGUGCAGGUGCAUCUCCACCCCACUACUUGCCACACCCCUAAACAAUGGGAUGCUUCACACAUUUUUCAGUGCCAUACUCUGGAGUAAACAUUACUCAUAUUUCUUUACGUCUUUUUGCAGGCCAUCAGUUUUCAGACAAAUAGCAGAUUUUGCGAAUGUUUUCAAGGCUUUUCUUGGAACUAACUGGAUUGGUUUACCAUUUGCUUUUAAAGAAAGUGGAGUAGUGGUAAGUGAGAUGCAGUGGAUAGAGGUGUAGAUUCAGUUUAACCUUGUAUCAAUUAGACUGACUGUUCAUUUCAGUCACAAAUAUAUGAAAUGCAGUAGUUAAUAUACUAACCAAUUUACCUAUAUGUAUGGCUAUUGCCUAGUAAUGCUCAAGGGGAAACACCUUUCUGUUUGAAACAAAUCUCUUCAAGUGAUAUCGCUUUGGCAAAUUUCUUUAAAUAAUGAUACCUAAAAAAGUCGAACAUGAGAUCUCAAUUGCAUGUCACAGUUCCAGAUAUUGGUUCCGUGGGUUAAGAUGAACCGUAAGUGGCUCAACCUAUCACAAGACAGUGAAAUGACUGUCGUGCACCGGAAGUGACACAUGCUGUAUAAUUUAUAAUAUUGUUAAAUUAUUACUGUGAUAACAAAUUAAUGUGUUUUAUUUUUGUACAUUUUGGUUUCAGCUGGGAUUGAUUGGAAUUCUUGUAAUUGCAUUCAUCACAGAUCACUGCUGUCAGUUAAUCAUCAAGUGUAAAAAGGCUGCUGUCCAGCAAGUCUUGGACACAGUUCCUCAGUCCAAGGAUGUGGAAUCACAGGAUUCAAACAUUGCUGCUCUUAGAAACACUGUGGAAAAACGAAUGCUUUUUGGAGAAAUAGGAAGGAUUGCACUUGGCAAAUGGGGUGUUUUGCUUGUCAACGGAGCUCUUAUAGCCACCCAGUAUGGCUUCUGUGUUGGAUAUUUCAUAUUUCUGGGUCAAACCAUCUCAUCAAUGUUUCCUACACCACCCAAAACUCAUGCUGUAACAACAACAAUGCUACCAAUUCACAAUGUUUCAAAUAUCAAUUUGACUAAUAUUACAUCACCCACAAAUGGUUACGUUCAAAAGACCCUUUCUGCUGAUCAUGACCACACCCCACCGUUUGCUGUUCUUAUUCUGCUACCAUUGGUUCCACUGAUAUUGUUUUCAUACAUACGAGGGGUGCGAAGACUUGGUCCAGUCAGUUUUGCAGCCAAUAUUGCGCUCUUAAUGGCAUUUGUGUCUGUUGUUGGAUACAUGUUAAGUGGUACGUGCAUGUAAGUUAAUAACUCACAUAAAACAAAGGAGCAUAAUUUAUUGAUUAAAAUGGAUGCAAUAUCCAUAGGGAGUGUCUUAAUUAUGGGUUAAGACCUUUCAAAAUGAAAGUAGAGCUAUAUAUCUUUUCCCAAGAAGUAAUAAUGUGAAAUAUGGUUAUUUUAGACAGUAAAUUAGACCCUCGUUGAUGAGUACAGUGAUGACAAUUCACAAUUCCCCCCAUUAACAACUUUCUCUUCUAAAAAUCAGAAAAUUAUCGUGAUUAUUGUUUGUCUGGGAUACUAGUAGGUCUGUUCUGAUAACCAAAACUUUUUUUCACCAUUAACUCACUUUAUGACUUAAUUUACACGGUGUAGAAAUUCAAAAGUAAGAGACAAUCUCCAGCAAUCUCACUUAUGAUGAAGGUGUGUCUGUUGUAGUUGAAUUUUAUCCUUGGCUAAUGCUUGGUUUAAUUUUAUUUUUUCUUGUUUUGGGGUUUGUAAAAUAGUGUAUGCAUGGUCGUGUGUUUGAAACUGAAAGAAAUGUUAUAAUUUAAACCUAGAGUAAAACUGAGUCACAACAUAUCCUACAUGAUAACACUAAUCAUCGACAAGUCCUUUUCCCCUGUAGUUUUGCCACAACUCAUUUCUGCUUUGGUCUUUACAUUGUAUUUUAUUCCUCAUGUUUCUUUAAAUUUUUUACACAGGCUUGAAAUUUAAAUUUAGUGAGUUGCGACUGGUGCAUUGGGCUACCUUUCCAGUGUUUUUUGGCCAAGUGACUAGUGCUUAUGAAGGAAUAGGAACUGUAAGUACAAUACCAGUCUCUUUAAAUUUGUAAUAAAUUAUUUAUAGUUUAUCAGGUAUUGACACUGAAACGCCUGUUCAAUUGAAAUGACCUGGAACAAAAUGGCAUUAUAACUUCAUUAACCCAUUUGGAGUGGCUUUAUCUAUUUAAGGGUAAACAUCAUUAUUUCUUAUAGUUCAUUAUUUUUUCUUAUUGCACAGAUAAUUUCCAUAGAAACAAGCAUGGCAGAAAACAGGCACAGAUUUCCCUUGUAUCUUCAUUUUGCAAUUGGAGGCUUGUCUAUGAUUUUAGCGUUUUUUGGUUUGCUUGGAUACGCUGUGUAUGGUGAAGCAGUGGAACAGAUUGUGACAGAAAGCUUUCCACAAGGAGUAUUAAUACUCAUUGUGCGAUGUUUGUUGUGUUUUGCAAUUCUUUUGACAUACCCACUCCAGAUCUUUCCAGUAAUUGAGAUUGUUGAAGGCUGGUUGUUUAAGCCCGAACGAAAUGUAAGCACAGAGGGCAGCGUGAAUACAGAUUCAAACUCAACUGUUAAUAAUGUUGCAAUGUCACAAGGAGGGAUGGUUGGUUCAGCAAGUGAGUGUUCUAUGCUGCUGGCACCAGAAAUACCUAAACAGAAGAGCAGGGUAAGUCAAAUUAUAAUAUUGUUUAAAUUAUUGUGACUUGUGGCUUGACGAAGAUGAUUAUUAUUUUGUAACUUGUCAUAACUGUGGGAUAAAACCCAAGUACUGAGUUCCAGAUAGUCAUCAAAACCACUGCCUCUUAGGAUCCUGGUGGAGAAUAAUUCUUAAGUAGCAGUCUCCUUUCUCAUUUUUAGUUUGAUCAGAUAAAAAACUUUCAGUUUGGAAAAGGCAGGUACAAAAGUCGGACCGGAUCAACUCGGAUCAACAAUUAAUUUUAUUUUUAGUUUUGUUAAUUUUAAUGAUACACUAGUGAGCAGCACACAUACACGUCCAGUGAGCAUUUUCAACUUGGAAGGAGGAGAAACCAUGCUCGCCCGGGACAAAGAAAAUUUUCAUACCCAAGGCGAGAAUUGAACUCACGACCCCUUCGAAUACCACAUGAAAAUCGGACGCUCCAACCACUGAACCGGAGGGUCGCGAGUUCGAUUCUGGCCGUGGGCAUAGAAAUUUCCUUUGUCCUGGGCGAGCAUGGUUUCUCCUCCUUCCAAGUUGAAAUUGUUCACUGGAAAUGUACGUGUGCUGCUCACUAGUGUAUCAUUAAAAUUAAGUUUCAGAAGUUCUGCAGAAAAAAAAACAAACAGGAACAAACAAACAAACACUCUUCGGUAACUAUCUAAAUGCCAUCAGCAGACAAGGCUUUUGAUGAUUUUCUUAUAAAUAAUUCAGUAGUCUAAUAAAUAAGAAAAUAUAUACAUUCUAGGCGACUGAAACUAUCAUUUCUUUACUGUCCAACCACAACCACGAGUUUAUAACAUGAUCCGAGAGGGACUGGCACUAGUAAAACAAAAUGGCGCCUGAAAGCCAUGGAGAAAAAAAGGAUGAUCUGGCCUUUUUUUACCCUCCAAAUGGGUUAAACUUUCAGUUUUGCUUAUUUAAUUUAAUUUUUUUGAUUGCUCCGAGUUGAUCCGAGUCCAAUUUUAUUUUAUUUUUAUUUUUUUAUUCGAUCCAAGUUGGUCCGAGUCGAUCCGAGUUGAUCUGGUCCGACUUUUGUACCUGCCUGUUUGGAAAUGGUAGGUAUGUUCCAAAGCUCUUCCACCAUGUGACAUUAAAGUAGCUGCAGAGAAAGCUGUCACAAGGGAAUGAAAUGGUGGGGUUACAUGUAGUUAGUGUAUCAGAUCUCAGUUGAUGGGUAAUCUCUUUUCAGAGCAAAACUCGUAGACAUUAUUCUGGCAGUCUCUAGUUGCCAUAUUGUUUUCCCUUAGUAUAGAGAUCGAAACAAGAACAACAACAACUUUAUUGCACAUCAAACAGAUUACUUGGAAUAAAAGUAGACUAAAAAGGAAAAAGGGAAUACCGUAAAAUUCCGAAAAUAAGCCCCUCCGUGUAUUACUGUAUAAGUCCCCCAAACCCGUAAUGCAAAAAACCCUUCGUUAAAUCACCCCUUAAAAUUCAAAUAUAAGCCCCCCUCAGGGGCUUUUACUUGGAAAUUGCCCUCAAAUACAAGGUCAAACAAAAUAAAAAGGGUAAAUUUCCUUCUAACUAUAAGGCUAGCCUAAUCGAUUUUAAAAUGCAAAUUUCCCUCCAUAGAUAAGCCCCUCCAAAAAUAAGCCCUGGGACGUUUUUUCGGAAUUUUAUAGUAUUUAUGCAACGGCAGUUAAUUAGCUUAAACUAAUCAAGGCAAGGGGAGGAGUGGAGAAGAAAAUAAAACAAGGAAAACAAUAAAUUUAUAAACUAAUAAUUAACUAAUAAUUUAUUAUUAAGGGACUGUUUACAUUUCAGUUUAAUCUUAUCUUAGAUUCUUGACUUCAUUAUUUUAUAGAAUGGUUUUGAUUUUGAUCAAAUGAAAAGCAGCAUUUACAUACAUGUAAAUCUUGGAGUGAAAAAUGUACUGUAUUGACGUGAGCUCCCUUCAUGCAGUGCUGUUUGUUAAAUUCAAAUAAAAUUGAAUGUUAUUAUGUUAUGUGUCGUUAAAACCUAUUAAGAAAGUUAUCUUUUGACUUCUUUGCAGCUUCGGCAAUGGAAAAAGAACCUACUUCGCACUUGUCUUGUGUUGUCUACUGCUGGCAUUGCUAUUGCUCUGAAAGAUGACUUUGCAUAUGUCAGUGCUAUUGUUGGUUCCAUGGGAAGUUCAACUCUUGGUUUCAUUCUACCUUGUGUAUUUCACAUGAUACUCUGCAGAGACCUAAUCACAACACGGACUAAAGUUAAGGACUGCUUAUUUAUUGCAUUUGGUGUCAUUGGUGGACUUGUUGGUAUUGCAGUUACAAUACAGCAAAUUGUCGAGCAGUUUUCAAAGACAUAAAAAUAAUAAUAUUAUAAAAUAGUGUAUUUAUUGUGUUUUGGAUGUUCUUGUUCUUUUACAAUACAUGGAAACAAGGAAACCAAGAAGAUCAGUGAGAUCGUAGAAAUACAAGCAGGUGGCUAUCUGUGCAUAAAUGAGAAGGAAGAUUUGAUUUGUGCAGUUGCAGCUUUGAUAUUCCAUUACACAGACUUCAUGCCCUUGGGUGCAGAGUUGGUAUUAAAAUAUAUUGUACUUUUACGGGAUUCUUAAAAUCAAUUUGCAGGAAUCUUAUCUGUGGAAUUAUUGGAGGAGAAAUGAAAAAAUUAGAUGAAAUGUAUUAAUUCUGGAAAAAAAAAACAGGGAUAGCUCUUUCAUGGAACAGGUCUUCACAUUUUGUGGGGAUGAUGUUUAUUAAUAAAUUGAUACUUGGUUUUCAGUUGAAUACAAAGUGCCUUAAAUUUUCCAUGAUGCUGAGUAUAUUCUUAUAGUCAUUCAUGAAUAGUUAAAAAAUCUACAAUGCAUUGUGAUUUUGUCUAUCAACUGAUUAUCAUCUUUAAUAACUGACAACAGGUUUCAAACCCUUGAGUUAAAAAUAAAGAUCUACACAUUUACUGUCAAGUUGUGAAAGUAUUACUCCCUGCAUGCAAAGAAAGUGGAGUCCAAUAACCCCUGGCUAGUGGAUUGUUAUCGGGCUAGUGAAGUGUUUUUUUAAGGAAUUCAAAUAGAACUUACACAAAAACUGUGAAAUCAAUUGGGGCUAAUUGAAAUGACAUUUGAGACAUGUCAAAGGGACAAAUCACUUCCUGUGUGUACUGCUGAAUUUCUGUGAAAAACCUUGACAGCAGAAUUUUCUCACUGCAACAAGUCGCAAAAAAUUAUAUCAGAUUGAAUUUGUGUGACCUGUUGUGGCAAAAAAACUUUCUGCUGUUCUGUUUGUCACAAAAAUUAUCCAGUACACAGGAAACGAUUUGUCACCACAGCGCGUUGCUUCAACUUGUUGCCCAUCACCAUGACAUGUUAAAAAUAUUGAAGCAAUGUUUAUUUGCUGUAAUAACGGCUAGUUAAAACUACAACAAAUGCUGCCUAGUGCAUUCAGACCUUAGGGUAUUAGAACUGCUUUAUAGACUAAAACUGAUAAGGCUUAUGAAAUAAGUUUUAAAAUGACCCACAUUACAGAAAAAAAUAAGAAAAUAUAAAUCUUUAAUUCUGUCAAAAAAGCUAUAAAAAGAUAAAAAAUUUUAUUUAUUACAAAGAUGAAAUACUUGGCAAUACUAUGCAUUGAGAAAACUGCUAAUCGGUAAUCAGGUAAAAAGAAUGUGUGAUUUUAAAUUGGAUUAAGUUGAACUUGUGAUGAUUGACAACUGCUCAAAUCCACAGGCUUCCCUUGCUUCCACACUAACAGUACUCUUCCUUCAAAUCACUGAUAGGGGAAAGUGAAUUCCAGACUUCUUUCAAACAGUUAAGUUGCAGUUUAU